AUGCCGGCCCUCGCCGUGCCCCCGCAGUACGCAGAUGGGCAAGGCAGGCAAGUGGCUCCGAAGCUUCCUGCCGGGGAGGAGGGCCAGGGACAAGGCCGGGCCGCUCGCGCCGGCGGCGGAGCCGCCCGACCUGGCGCUGCCGCUGCCGCUCCCGGGGGCGGCCACGACGACGCCGGUGUCCACGCCCGGCGCCAAGGAGAAGCGGAGGUGGAGCUUCCGGCGCCCCUCCGCGGCGGCGGCGGCGUCGCCGGGUCGGCGGCCAAGGACGCCGCAGCGCAGGGCCGCCUCGCGCCCUACGGCUUCCUGGAGCCGCGGGUGGUGGACCCGGACCAGCACGCCAUCGCCGUCGCCAUCGCCACCGCCGCCGCGGCCGAGGCGGCCAUGGCGGCCAAGCAGGCCACCGCGGCAGUCGUCAGGCUCUCCGCGUCCGCGCCGGGGUCCAAGCGCACCGUCAUCGGCAUCGAGGAGGCCGCCGCGAUCAAGAUCCAGGCCGUCUUCAGAUCCUACUUGGCGAGGAAGGCGCUGUGCGCGCUGCGGGGGCUCGUCAAGCUGCAGGCGCUGGUGCGCGGCCACCUGGUGCGGCGCCAGGCCAGCCACACCCUGCGCUGCAUGCAGGCGCUCGUCGCCGCGCAGAACAGGGCGCGCGCCGCGCGCCUACGGAUGCUCGAGGACGAGAAGCCCGUCCGGACGCCGCGGACGACGCCGACCCGGCGCAGCUCGCCGCACCACCCCCGGCUCCGGCACCACCAGGACGUGGCGGAGGAUAACGUGAAGAUCGUGGAGGUGGACACCGGCGCCGGCGGAGUCGAGGCGCACGGCACGCCGCGCACGUCGUCCCGUCGCAGCAGCUGCUACGCGACGCCGCUGUGCCGCACGCCGUCCAAGAACGAGCUGUACCAGAAGAUCUCGCCGACGCCGUCCGCGCUCACCGACGCCAGCGCGCGCACGUACAGCGCCCGGUACGAUGACUUUUCCUUCGCCACCGCGCGGGCCAGCCCGUACCGCUACGCGUCGUCGCGGCAGCAGCAGCACCAGCACGACGAGGGCGCGGACGACAAGCCCGCGGCGGAGCACCCGCUGCUCGUGCCCAGCUACAUGGCGAACACGGAGUCGUCGCGCGCCAAGGCGCGGUCCCAGAGCGCGCCGCGGCAGCGGCUGUCGGUGUCGUCGUCGUCGUCCGCCACCGAGGCGGCCUGGCAGCCCAGCGGGCGGCGCAGGGCGUCGCUGGAGGCGCAGGCGCAGGCGACGCCCGGCGCGCGCGGGCUGGUGGCGCCGGCCAGGUACGGCCCCGCGCGCGUGCAGCGGUGCCCGUCGCAGGCCAGCGCGCCCGGGGCGUGCCCCUGGGGCGCCAGGCUCGACCGGUGGAGCGCGUCGGCGCACGACAGCGAGUGCGGGUCCACGAGCACGGUCAUGACCGCCGCCACCACCACGUACUGCUGGUCACUGACCGCCGACAACGCCGGCAUGGCUUAG